AUGGCUGCGGUCUUCCUGGUGAUGUUGUAUGAAUAUUCACCGCUCUUCUACAUAACCCUCAUCUUCCUCUGCUUCUUCGUAACCACCGCCGUCAUCUUGGGAUGGUUUGUUUGGGAUAUUCCUGUAAUAAUCCGCAAUUCGGAGGAGACCGAGUCCGGGACCAGGGUGCAGAGAAAACGUAUGGUGCAGGUGAAAAACCCGUUCGCGUUGGAAGUUUUGAACCCCGGUGCUGCAUCAGUUGUUGGUGGAGUAAAUCUCAAAUCUCAUUGCAUAGAGAAAUGCCUUCUGACUGUCUACUGGGGAUGUAAUGUUCAUAAACUUCACGAAGGAUUGCAAAAACAUGUUUACAGCUUCAGAAUCAAGGUGCCACAGAAACUGGAAGAAGCUAUAGAUAGACAAUAUCUCUAUCAAGAGACAUUUCUCAUUGAGAAACAGAGUGACAGUGAAAAAUUCUUUCAGCUACCUAAAUAUUUAACAAUAAAAGAUUUUGGGAGUCUGCCUCGAACACGAUAUCCACUAGUAGCAUUGUUAACAUUAGCAGAAGAGGAAGACCGGGACAUUUAUGAAAUUGUUUCUAUGGUUACAGUAAUUCAUGUUCCAGAUGAGAAAUACAGACUCACCUGCCGAAUCUUGUACCAGUAUCUGUUGACUGCACAAGGUCACAUAUAUGACCUUAAGAGACUUUUUGUACCUGUUGAUGAAACCAGUUUGCCUGCACAACCACCUUCAGAAACUAGCCUGGAUAAAAAACUCCUGGAAAAAUUUGGCACCACAGAGGAGGAGCUUAACUCUCAAAAUGAAAGCAGCAAGGAUUGUGUUGUGUGUCAGAAUGCCCCUGUGAACUGGGUUCUGCUGCCUUGCAGACAUGCCUGUCUAUGUGACUGUUGUGUGAACUACUUCAAGCAAUGUCCCAUGUGCAGAGAGUUUGUUGCAGAAUCUUUUGCCCUCUUACGAACAGAAGAAGAAGUUGGUGCAGUUAAAGGUGAUGAUGAUAAUCAGACAUUUGAAGGUAUCUGGGAAGAAUCGGAUGAAGAAAACAUUCACAAUGAUGUAAAUGAACAACUUGAUAUUUAAUGGAAAAAGUAAAUAAAUUUGGCAUGUACAGCUUUUACAUACUAAAGGUCUGU